AUGGACCACGCCUCCCCAGAAGGCCUUAAAGGCCGGAACCUGGAGGCCAUCCCUCUUUUUAUCCCAGCUGCUCCUCCACCUUCCAUUCCGCCAUGCCAAGGUCGUCCCGCCCCAGGCCACCACGUGUGGAUGUGCACUCCCCGAGGGUGCCUGUGUUCAGUUACUGAGGAAGAUUAUGCAAAGGACUCUAUACAUGCAGAGUUAAGCUGGAGUUAUAUAAGCAACAGAAGCUUAAAAACAAAGAAUCGUGUGAGAAAAUCUUGCUAUGUGAAUGAAGAUGAAGAUGAGAGUGGUGGCCCAGCCGCGGUCCUUCUCCCACAUCUACUCGUCUACUCGAGGCGUCAUGUUGGGAAUCGGGCAAACCCUGAUCCCAACUGCUGUCUUGGAGAGUUGGGGUUGAGCUUCCACACCACCGAAAGAGACCUUCGAGACGUGUUCUCUAAAUAUGGCCCCAUUGCUGAUGAGUCUAGUGUGUAUGACCAGCAGUCUAUGCGUUCAAGAGGAUGUGCCUUUGUAUUUUUUGAAAAUGUAGACGAUGCCGAGGAAGCUAAAGAGCGUGCUAAUGGAAUGGAGCUCGAUGGCUGUAGGAUCAGAGUUGAUUUCUCCAUUACAAAAAGACCACACACCCCAGCUCCUAGCGUGUAUGGGGAGACACGCCGUGGGGACUACUGUGACAGAGGACGUGAUGGAGGCUAUAGUGAUCGGGACGACUACAGGAGACCAUACAGAGAAGGAGGGGGUGGAGGAGGUAGAUGGAGAGCCGCUCAAGACCAGGAUCCAAUUUAUAGGAGACGGUCACCUUCUCCCUACUGUAGUCGUGGAGGAUACAGAUCAUGUUCAGAUCGCAAUCAUACUUGCCGCUAG